CUCCUCUUCUUCUUUCUCUCUUUCUCUCCUUUUUCUCCUCUCCUCUCUCUCUUCCUUCGCUCACUCGUUCACACAUACAAUUGACAUCCACAUCCAUCCCCAUCCACUUUCAGCUACAAUCCCUAUCGUUUUAUAUAUCCCCACCUCACAUUGUCUCUAUUGUUGCAUCCACCCAUAUAAGCCCUCUCUACCAUCGACGCCAUGAAUUAUAACCAACAUACUCUAUGCCCUCAACAACCCCAUCUCUCGAACAUCACCACUCAAAUCACACAUAUCUCUCCAGUCCCCUAUACCUCCACAUCAAAGGGUCGAUUGGUCCUCACAGGUUCUGGUCAAGGCCAGCAGAGACCGCGACUAUCGCGCGCUGCUUCUGCUGACAUUUACCCUGUUCAAUUGCACUCUCAGAGUCCCACGGUGCCACUGUCUAUCGAGGCGCUGAGGAUCCUUUCUGCCGCAGAACACAAACAUCCUCGAGGUCCCACGCGCCGCAUAAACGAGAGAUCCCACUCCAUCUCCUCAUCCACGUCCUCCUCAUCUUUCUUCUCGUCUGGAUCAUCCUGCUCCUCCUGGCCCUCCGAACAUGAGGCGGAUGUCGAGCAUGAGCAGCAGAAAUACAUGGUCUUCCGCAAAAAUAAGACGCUCCCGCCCCCAACACUAUCCCCAAUCCUGAUGCCCUCGAUCCCACAUCAGGUUACGAAGAGAUCUGCGCGAUCCGACUCGCCAUCAAGGUUUUCUGUAAGCUCGUGGUCAAAAGAUAGUUGCGCCAGCAGCAGCAGCAGCUUUGGCGGUAGCGAUAGUGAAGACGACCCUCUGUCGGAUGCCUGGCCAAAGAUUGAAAAGAUCCGUAUCCGUUCGCGGUACCCGGACGAGUCUGCAGACAACGCCUCAAGUUCCCAAUCGUUCGUGUCUGAGCUCCCACCGCCUCCUUCUCUGUAUCACGACAGCUAUCAUUGUGAUGAUUCGGUCUCCUCGCGCAAGUAUUUGGCCCUCUCUGCCUCCAUCUGGGGCCCUGGCUGGCACCAGGUCGAGCCAUUGCCUGCUUCGUUUGUCAAAACGAUGGAGCAAACCGAGCUCGAGGCCCAGGCACUGGCACAAGAGAAGGCUGGCCAGGUGGCCGCAAACCCGAGGACAAAGGCCAAAAAGGCAAAGCAGCAAGCCAAAGCCGCGGCAGCAUCAGCAUCAGCAUCAGCAUCAGCAUCAGCAGCAGCAGCAGUAGCUUCUAGUUCUGUGGAGGCUACACCCGAUGAGGGCGUGAGUCUGGGCAUGCCGAUAUCGACAGAGACAUUUGUGCUAAAGCCGACCAGUUCCAUCGUGAAUAUGUUGUGUUCUGCCCGUUUGCCUCGUAGCCUCCAAUUUGUCGAUUAAAAAUACAUGGUCGAACAAGCAUGGAGGUACAUGGAGGAGCUGGAUGGAUACAUUUCCUUGCCUUCAGCGAUUCCCAGUACUGUUACGUAUACGCAAACGAGCGACUCUGUAGAUAUUAUUGGGAGGUUUUUUUCUGUACUAGCAUACAUAUUUUUAAGCAUAGCAAGGUUAAAGUAGCAUACACAAUAUAUACCAC